AUGGCUGCAACUCAUGAUUUCGGAAGACUGCCGGCGAAUGCACGAUCAACGCCGACCCCUUUCAAGGUUGAAGUGCCCGACUCGAAGCUGAUCGAGCUGAAGUCCCUCAUAGCAGCGGGCAAAGUCGGUCCAACGACGUACGAGGGCCUACAAGCAGAUCGUCGAUAUGGUAUCGAUGACAAGUGGCUGCAGGAGGCCAAGGAGGCUUGGCUUGAAUUUGACUGGAGAGAGGUCGAGGCCGAGAUCAAUGUUUUCUCGCAUUACAAGGCGAGCGUCUCUCAUGCUGGCCAAGAUUUCGACAUUCACUUCAUUGCACUCUUCUCGGAACGGGACGAUGCAGUCCCUAUCCUGAUGCUCCAUGGCUGGCCAGGCAGUUUCAUGGAAUUCGUCCCGAUCUUCAGAUUGCUAAAGCAGAAAUACACCCCCACCGACCUUCCAUACCACAUCAUCGUUCCCUCACUACCGGGGCUACAAGGCGGCGACGUCGGCAGCAAAGUCGCCCGCGUCCUCGGCGGCAUCCACCCUCGCGCCAAAGCCAUUCACCUCAACUUCUGCAUCAUGUCAGACCCAGGCAACUUCACUCCAGACCAGUACACCGCCGCCGAGAAACAAGGCCUCCUCCGCGCCCAGGAAUUCGCCCGCAAAGGAAGCGCCUACGCCCUCGAACACGCCACGCGUCCGAGCACGAUCGCCCUCGUGCUCGCCUCCAACCCCAUCGCGCUGCUCGCCUGGGUCGGCGAGAAAAUGCUCGAAUGGACAGACACCCCCCUCCCCCUCCUGACCAUCCUCGCGGACGUGACGCUCUACUGGCUCACAGACUCCAUCUCCACAUCUCUCUGGCCGUACCGACAGCUCUUCACGCCUGGCAACGUCGGCGCGCAUGAGAAUCCCGAGUGGUUUAUUCGCAAGCCGAUGGGGUUUAGUUGGUUCCCGAAGGAGAUUGCGCCUGUGCCGAGGAGGUGGGUGGAGACGACGCGGGAUGCGGUGUUUUAUCGGGAGCAUGAGAGUGGAGGGCAUUUCGCAGCGUUGGAGGUUCCGGAGGUGUUGUUGGGGGAUUUGGAGGAGUUUGUGGGGGUUGUGAGGGGGAGGGGAGUGAUUUAG